GUGGUUGCAUGAAAUUCCGGAGUGGGCGUAUCCCAGGACUGCUGUUCUGUUUGCAAGUGUGACAGCAGUAGAAGCAUAACACAACCGCACAAACGUGUUGCUCUCUGAUUCAGACUGCGGCAGGAUGGCUAUAGGAACAAAUGAAUGCAACGUCUGUCUUUUUUCAGAGAGCUGACUAAGUAGCAAAUUCUCAUUCCCACUGAGAGGAAACAAAGAGGGAAGAAAUCUACAUACAUCUUCACCCAUAAGAAAUACAAAAACCACCGUAAUAAUGACUGUGCUCUGUUUACAACACAAUAAAAAUGUGUCAGUCAGAGAAUUAGUGGUUGGAUUUGAGGAGACUGCUUCUACUGAGCAUGUUUAAUGCUGGUAGCACCCCAGCAGAGAUGCUGACCAGCUGCUGUCACAUUCAGAAAAAGGCUUUAAAGAAAACGGGAGAAGGCAUGCUGACAAGAUGAGCAAAAACAACUGAAUGUGGAGAAAGGAGGGAGAAAUAUGAAGAGCUUUAAGUAGAAGUACUCCUACCUUGAUGGAGUCUCUGAUGGAUUCCCUGAGGUGGGCUUGAACCCACUCACACCACAUGUUUCGCUUUUGGAUCGAACAAACCAAACUGGAAAUCCAAUCUGAUCUUCUUAAAAACUACACUGAAAAUCCAAACAGGUGAAUCAUGUAAAGCUCUUUGGCUUGCCGAGAUCUUAAGUUCUCAUGAACCCCAUGGCGCAGCUGUACUACAAGAAGGCGAGCUUUUCGCCGUACCGCGACCGGAUACCACUGCAGAUUGUGCGGGCCGAGGCUGAGCUGUCAGCAGAAGAACGUGCCUACCUAAGUGCAGUGGAGAAGGGGGACUAUGCAGGUGUAAAGAUGGCCCUUGAACAGGCUGAAAUCUAUUAUAAUAUUAAUGUAAACUGCCUGGACCCACUAGGACGCAGCGCCCUUUUAAUCGCCAUUGAGAACGAGAAUCUGGAGGUGAUGGAGCUGUUGCUGUGUCACGGUGUGCAUGUUGGAGAUGCUUUGCUCUAUGCCAUCCGCAAGGAGGUGGUGGGUGCAGUGGAACUACUUCUAUCCUACAGGAAACCUAGUGGUGAAAAACAGGUACCAGCACUUAUGAUGGACACCCAGUUUUCAGAAUUUACACCUGAUAUCACACCCAUUAUGUUGGCUGCACACACCAACAACUAUGAGAUCAUCAAACUACUUGUCCAGCGCAAGGUCACUGUGCCACGACCACACCAAAUCCGCUGUGACUGUGUUGAGUGUGUGUCCAGCUCAGAGGUUGACAGUCUGCGGCACUCACGAUCCCGGCUUAACAUCUACAAGACAUUGGCGAGCCCUUCACUCAUUGCUUUGUCCAGUGAGGACCCGAUUCUCACAGCGUUCCGUCUUGGCUGGGAGUUGAAGGAGCUCAGCAAGGUGGAAAAUGAAUUUCGUCAGGAGUAUGAGGAGCUCUCACAGCAAUGCAAGCUCUUUGCUAAGGAUUUGUUGGACCAAGCAAGAAGUUCUCGUGAGCUAGAGACGAUUCUAAACCAUCGUGAUGACCAUAGUGAAGAGCUGGACCCCCGAGAAUGCAGAGACCUUGCUAAGCUCAAGCUGGCCAUCAAGUACCACCAAAAAGAGUUUGUGGCUCAGCCUAAUUGCCAGCAGCUACUGGCUACACUGUGGUAUGACGGCUUCCCUGGUUGGCGGCGACGUCACUGGGUGGUGAAGUUGAUCACAUGUUUCACCAUUGGCCUACUUUUUCCUGUCUUCUCUAUCAUCUACCUGCUGGCACCAAAGAGCACCCUGGGUCUCUUCAUCAAGAAACCCUUUAUAAAAUUUAUUUGUCAUACGGCCUCAUACUUGACCUUCCUUUUCAUGUUGCUCCUGGCCUCACAACACAUUGUGCAAACUGACCUACAUGUUCAGGGUCCACCACCCACCAUUGUCGAAUGGAUGAUCCUGCCUUGGGUUCUGGGCUUUAUAUGGGCUGAGAUUAAAGAGAUGUGGGAUGGGGGCUUUACUGAAUAUGUUCACGACUGGUGGAACCUGAUGGACUUUGCAAUGAACUCUCUCUACCUAGCCACCAUAUCUCUCAAAAUGGUGGCCUACUUUAAGUACAACAGCUCCCGUCCUCGUGAAGAGUGGGAAAUGUGGCACCCAACACUGAUUGCCGAGGCGUUGUUUGCCAUUGCCAACAUAUUCAGCUCGCUUCGGCUCAUCUCGCUUUUCACAGCAAAUUCUCACCUGGGUCCACUGCAGAUCUCACUUGGCCGCAUGUUGCUCGAUAUCCUCAAGUUUCUCUUCAUCUAUUGUCUGGUGCUCUUGGCCUUCGCUAAUGGUCUGAACCAGCUCUAUUUCUACUAUGAAACCGAAGCAGCCGAUGAGCCAAACCACUGCAAAGGCAUCCGCUGUGAGAAGCAGAACAAUGCCUUCUCUACGCUAUUUGAGACACUUCAGUCUCUCUUCUGGUCUGUGUUUGGUCUGCUCAGCCUCUAUGUAACCAACGUGAAAGCUCGGCAUGAGUUUACUGAAUUUGUUGGGGCCACUAUGUUUGGCACUUACAAUGUAAUCUCACUGGUGGUGCUGCUCAACAUGCUCAUAGCUAUGAUGAACAAUUCAUACCAACUCAUUGCUGAUCAUGCUGACAUUGAGUGGAAGUUUGCCCGCACCAAACUAUGGAUGAGCUACUUUGAUGAAGGAGGGACUCUUCCACCUCCCUUCAACAUCAUCCCCAGUCCAAAGUCGAUGUGGUACCUCUGUGUAUGGCUACACAAUCAUUUCUGUGGUGAAGGACAGCCAACCCCUGAGGAAGAUCAGAAACAUGACAACCUCAAAGAGUUUACGGAACGGCAUGCUGACAGCCUCAUUCAGAACCAGCAAUAUCAGGAAGUCAUCAAAAAUCUGGUAAAACGAUAUGUUGCAGCAAUGAUACGCAGGACCAAAACUGAUGAAGGGUUGACUGAGGAAAAUUUCAAGGAGCUCAAACAGGACAUCUCAAGUUUCCGCUAUGAGGUCCUGGACCUGCUGGGCAAUCGCAAGCCGCCACGCCGCACCUACUCCUCAAGCAGUGAAGCCACACAACCUGAGGCUGAGCAAGAUGAUGAUGAAGAAGAUACAGAAAAAAUAAACAAAGGAAUAAAGCUUGGAAGGCAAAAACACUCAAGAUCUCUUGCCUUUGCUCAAGCAGACCAGAGGAAGCGUGAAGGCCAAUUUACUGUUUCAGCUCUUUUCCGCUCUAUGGCAGGUCUGGAGGAUGUGGAUGAUGGACCAAAAAGUAAUGGCUUGAAGAAAAACAAAUGGUCCCCUUCGUCAUUUGUGAGGACAAGUGGCCGCUUAAGGCACUUCUCACGCUCAAAGAAAGACUCAUUGCGCCGCUUGGGAUCACUGUUUCGUCGUGUGAAUGGACAUGUUGCUGAAUCACACUUGAGUCCCCAACAGCAACAAACCUACAGCAUUUCAGAUGGAGUUUUGCAAACGCCAAAAUCCUGGCAGGGGCCCCAUGAGCAGCCAGAGAACUGGCUGACUAGAAGCAGCAUGCACCUGCACACACUCAGAGGAGAAUCUGGUGCAAGGGACAAAAUUUAUACACAGUCAGUCUCACAGCAGGCAAAUGACAACCUCCUGCUAAGGCCCCCUGGCCUACACUGUGCUUCCAGCCUGACUGCCUCCAGUUCCCUCUUGCUCUCCUCCAGUGAUGAUCUGUGUCAGGGUUUGCCAGGGCCCUGCGAAAGUUUUGAUUCCUCCUAUUGGGAACAGGAGGAGUCAAUCACCACACAGCUCUAAACUGUCAUUGGCUGCACAAUGAGUAUGCUGUGAUGAGCAAGAGGGGUUUGCCCUGACUAUAUUCAUAUCAAUUGGCCAAUGGACAGCACUUGUACAUACAUUCAAUUUGCUUUUAUUACAUAAACCUAUAAUUAGCAAAUAAGUAGUCUUUAAAUACAGUAUCAAGAAUGUUGAUUCAGUUUCAGCAAUAUGGGAGUGUAUUUAAGUCAAUGACUCCUCUAAUGCAAUGCUCUUUUUUUGUUACAAGUUCACACCAAAUGUCAUUUGCACAUACAUGUUUAACAGUUACAUUUAGCCAUCAACACAUCACUCAUGCCAUUAUUUAUCAAGGCUUCCCUGGCUUCUAACGUGUUGCAAAACGUGCAUUUAUGAGCUUAAAAACAAAGCUCAACAAGCUUAGCAUUUGUAAAGUAGGAAGAGCUUAUAAGGCUGAAACAAAACUUGUGGAUCUCUUUGUAAUCUGGCAACAAAUUAGGCAUUAGCAACAUUGUUAACAGUGCUAAAGUGACCUUAUUCCAUUUUCCCCUUUGAGCAAGCGACUUUCAUUUUCCCUUAAACUUAAAAGGUGAUCCAUUUGUCACUAUGCAGGAAACAAGGGCAGAAUAUACACAGCCCCGUUGGUAAAAGCCAAAUUAUUGAAUGUAGAAAGACAUUUCAUGCCAAAUUCAAUAGCUGGAAAUAAGCAUUUGAUCAAAAAGGACUUGUGCAUGUACUUCUUGUUUAGAAGAGAAGUAAGCAUGUCUGCUAUGGAUAAAAAGUAGUUUGUCUUCAGUUAAUGCCUAAAGUGAAAUCACAUUUAAAUCCGAGCUGUAAAUCCACAAUAAACCCGUAGUGUAAAAGGACACUGGAUAUUAGGAUUGUGAAACAUGAUUUAUUAAAUUAUUAAUAAUUAUACAAAUGACAUUAUUUCAAUAUAGAUGUUCCAAUCAAAUGUACCCUGUUGUACUUCAGUAAUAAUUUCUUCUAUUUUAUGCCUGUAAGACGAUAAGUUAACUUUUUUUAAGCUUUCAGUUUUUUAUGAAAUUAUUUUUCUACAUUUUGCAUAGUUAAAGUAGGUUUUGUUUUGCUUAGUUGGACUCAUAGCAAAGUAAUUGUUGACCUUGAUUAACAGAAAACUUGCUUUGAAUUUCCAAAAAUGAGAAUGAAAGAUUAUAUAGAAAUCUGUCACUGUAAGUCACCAAUAAGAAAACUGUUAAUCAUUUUGCAUGGAAAACAUUAGGAAAAUUAUUAGAAUAGUUGGUACAAAUUAUGAAUAAUUUGCAUUUGUCACAGUUUCCCUCAUUUUUCUUCAGAAAACUGAAAUAUAACCACUCAAACACAUAUAUAGUUUUUUCCUUUGAUCUAUAGUGAUGGGGGAUUUGACAUGUUGGCUAAUUUUAAUAAUUUUGUGUAAUUACAAAGAUCUAAAAUAUACAUUAAUAAAAAGUGUUA